AUGGACACACAGUCAUGGUAUCAGAUGACUGCAAAGCUGGCACUGGCAAUCGCAAUCAUCAGAUCGAAACCAGAAGAAAAAAGUAGCAGAGAGUAUACUGUACACUUGUCAAAUCUUGUUUCUUAUGAAAAUGUCAACUGGAGGGCAAAAGUUGGAGAAUUGGAAGCUGAAGUUCAUCACUUGCGGCAGCAAAUUCUUCUCUCCAAAAUUAAUUCAAGAUUAAUUUCAGAAAAAGAGAACAGUGGUCUGAUAUCAGAAAUAUGUGAACAUUCAGGGGAACAAUUGAGCCAAUUAGAAAAUGACUCUGGGUGUGUGAUUUCUAAUGAAGAAAUGAUAAAUGCAUUGACUGAUGAUUCUCUAAAUUCUAAUUCGUGUGACGUCCCCUGUACAAGUCAAUCAUACUUUAUACCUCCUACCAAUAACCUCUCAAUUACACACUUCAGUCCUAUUUCUGAAAAACAAAUGUCUCAUCAAAUUCAGUUUCUUAAUCAUCUACUUGGACUUGGGAAGCUAACAGCAGGACGUUUUCUAGGAGAGUUUGCAAAACAUGAAAAUGAAUGUAGAGUCAUAACAGAUUCAGUUUCUGGACUGCUGAAUGGCUUAAUAAGCUUAUAUGGAAAUCCCAAACCAUUUGUUUCAACAUAUCAAAUAAAAGCAAUCGAAACUAUUAGAAGACUUUUCACUGAUUCAUAUACAUCUAAGUAUAUCCUUCAAAACUGCAUGAAGAAGUUAGAAGAUUUUGAGAAAAAGUUAAUUAAGAGUAUAUUAUUAGACGACAGGAUUAAUAGGUUUCAGAUGCAGCAGGCCAUGAGAAAUUGUCUUGUUUUACUGGGAAAAUGUGAAAUAUUAAAAGGACCAUUGAUUAAUCUACUUUGCUCUGAAAUAAAACAUUUUGUUGAUGAGAUGCUUAUUCAUCAGCAGAACUGUACCAGGUAUGACAUUGUGCAAUAUGAAAACAUUUUUUCAUUAUUCUUGGUGUUGGAAAAUCUUCUGCAAUGCACAAAAGACAGACCUGAAUCAUUGCUUUCUGAACUGUUUGAAGAAGAAACAAAACUGUUUAUACAAAGUCUUGACAAUACCAUAUUAUGUAUGUCUGAUGAAUUUCCAUUGUUUUGUUUAUACCUGUGGAGACUGGGAACAUUAUUUCCAUGCAUCCAGCUAAAUAUGAAUUGA